CCGGCAGCGGAUUCGAACGCGCACUUCCGGCACUCCCGCCCUGCGCGCCAACCCGAGCGCCUAGGCGCGCCACGUGACACAGCGCUCCCCUCUCCCUGCGGCCUGCCUGCACUUCCGCAAACAUCGCCGCGGCCAAUGGCGGCGCCCGCAGCGCCGGGGCGGAGGUCUUUGCUCAGCGGCUGUGCGAGGAGGCGCGGGAGCGUUAACCGCAAAGCAACGGCUGCGGGUGGGUUGCUGAAGCCUGACAAUGGAGAUAAAAGCAGUUGUCAGAAGAUACGAGACAAGAAAUAAGACAGCGGGAGCAGAAGUGUCGUCUUCCAAAUCCCGAGUUGAUUGGAGGCGUACCAAAAGGGAGCUCGUACUACUUGACAGCAAUGACGAAUCCUCAGAUACUUCUGAGGAAGAAGAACCUACCACAUCAGAAGAUGAAGCAGACAAAAAAGAUGAAACUGUUGUGAAGAAUAACCUUUCAGAUCAGGAAGAAAAAAGCCACGGUGGGGAAGUCACAGAAGAUGGUGAGGAUGAAUGUAUCAUGCCUGGGAAACGUAAAAGGUUGAACUCCUGUGUCUUAUAUGACAGUGAUGAAAGUGAGGGCAGUGAUAUACUUGUUCGAAAAGUUUUUGCUAAGCGUCACUGCAUAAUGGAUGAAGAUGACAGUUCUGUGGAGCAGCAACCUCUUAAAGCAGAAAACACUUCUACUAGUAGGAAACAGAACGUGUUUGCAAAAUUGAAAGACCUUGCAAGACAAAGAGCAACUCAGAGAUCCUGCAGCAGUGAAAAUUGUGAGGAUUCUAAUGACGAAGCAGAAGAGGAACCACUUUGUCACUUGCUCCACACACCAACAGAAAGUAGUGAAACUGACAGUGACAGCAUGAAAGAUUUUAUAGUAGAGGAAGAUGAUGAUGAUGAUGGCAACAUAGAACAUUCACAGAGCGAACACCAGACACAACAGAAGGAACUACUAAAUACAUCAAAUAGCGAGUUGCUGGCUCACUAUUUACCACAGUUACCUCGCUGCAGUCAUUAUGUGCACUUCCAAAGAAUAGUAAGGGCUUUCCUCAUAAAUGCAAUUGAUGACACUUUUCUGAGCUCACUAUAUGAUGGAACAAGACAAAAGAAGUACGCACAAGAUAUGUUGCUCUCACUUCAUUAUUUGGAUGACCGCUUCAUUCGGCCUCGUCUUGAGAACUUAAUCUCUAGAAGUCGCUGGAAAGAUCGAUACAAGGAGCGUGUAGAUUGUUACCCAGAUGUUCGCAUAGUCAUGAAAAAUUCAGAACUGGUGUCUUGUCAGGCCUGUGAGAUGAAUCGGUACUGCAAGUUUAAUGUGCUGCUCUCUGGAAAGCUUUAUAAUAGCACAACACUGGAAGUGGAUGACUUCAUGUCAGAUGACAAGCAGAUUCUGAAGGUUGGCAAAGUGUGUGCAGAUCGUACAAGAGUUUAUCAUAAUUUGAAGCACUUCAAAUACAAGUUGUAUAUGGAUUGCAGCUCCAUUGCUGAGGUGGAUGGUGUUGUGGAUGAACCAGUCAAAGACACAGUCGAUCGGCUUUUCAGCCAAUUGGAAGACAGUGGGUGGAUUCAGAAGAGAUAUGGUGAUCUUGAAGACUUCAUGAGUGAUGCAGACAAUUUCCAAGAAGAGAAAAUGGAUUAAGUAGUCAUGUGAAAGACAUAUAAAAUUCGAAUGACCUGCUUUGUCUACAUGCACUUUGUUUGCUUAAUCUUUGUGUUUCUUUUUAGGCUAUGUUAAAUUCAUAAGCCUUUAAACUACUGUUUGAGAGUGUGUUGUACUUUUUUUUUUUUUGUUGUCUGUGUCAAUAAUAACCUAAAAUUUUACCCAAUUAGCCCUUCCAGUCUCACUUGCAUAGGUCACUUUAAGUUUCCUUCUGUUCAGAAAAAUAACAUCAAUAUCUGUUUAUCUGUGAGAUAAACUUCCACUUAUUUAUAUUGAGUUGCUUCAUAGGGAAAGUAGGAGAUGUGGACACCUUUUGCAGUAGGUAUUUUUUGAGAGGUUCUUGUUGUACAACAACAUGUAGCUUUCAUCUUACCGUACUUGUUGCUGAUUAUGUGCAAGUAAGUCCAACCUUUUAGAAUGAUAAAUAAGCAGCACCAAAUGCAAUGAUCUACCUUCCCUCUGGGGAACCGGUAUAGACUGUUGCAAGACAGCAGAGGAAAUGCUUUACAGUCCUAGCUGCAUUUGCAGCACAAUAGUCAUUCCUCUCUUAGUGGGUGAUGAGUCACAGUAGAGGCAUCAUAGAGACUUCAGCUUAGCUACCUAAAUGAACAUGUUGAUCCACAAUACUGUCUCUGAUAAGCAGCUGGGGCAAUUUACUGAUAUAUUAAACAUCAAAUUGAGUUGUGCAGACAUAAUGGCCACAACUUGCAGUAACUCUAAAAUGGAUUAAUGUGGUCAGGCAAGACAAGCAAGAAUUCUUCCAGUGUAAUUUAACACAGAUUAGGAGUUACUUUACUCUUGUUCAGCUUACCUGAAUUGAAGCCCAAAUCAGAGUUUGUGGGGGGGGGCAGGGGAGUGAAUUUUGAGGAGUUAAAAGGGUUAAGUACUGCCUCUCCAUUCUGAAUAUUUGGAUAUGAGCCAGCAAUGUGCACUUGCAGCCCAAAGACCCCCUUGUUUCCUGAUCUACUUUAAAAAAAGCAUGGCUGGCAAUUUGAAGGCGGUGAUUCUAUUCUUCUAGUCUUGUGAGAUGGCAGGUGGAGUACUGUGCCCAGCUCUGGAGUCCUCAGUAUAGGAAAGACACAAGCCUAUUGGAGCCAGUACAGAGGAAAGCUACAAAAAUAAUCAGGGGGCUGGAACACCUCUGCUAUGAAGAAAGGCUGAGAGAGUUGGAAUUAUUCAGCCUGGAGAAGAGAAAACUGAGGACACUUCAUUGUGGUCUUUCAGUACUUAAAGGGAGCCUGUAAAAAAAAUUGUGACACUUUUUUACAAGGGCAUGAUAGGACAAGAAGUAAUAGCUUUAAACUGAAAGAGGGUAGUGUAGAUGGAUGUAAGUAAGGAAAUUUUUAUGAUGAGGGUGGUGAGACACUAGCAUAGGUUGCCUAGAAAAGUUGUGAGUGCCCCAUCUUUGGAAGUGCUUACGGUCAGUUGGGCAGGGCUUAGAGCAACAUGAUCUAGUGGAAGGCAGACCUGGCCAUGAUGGUUUUCAAAAGUCCCUUCCAACACAAACCAGUCUAUGAUUCUGUCCCUGCACUUGGUGCUGCAUAUGAAAUUAAUUAGAUGUAGCCUAAGAUAAGGUACAGGGUGCAAGGUUUUGAAUCUAGUUAGGAACUGUUUCUGCAUCCUGCUGUAUGCACAUACUCUUUAUCAUUCUUCAGUGGCUGAGCAACUUAAUGGAAAGGAAGAUGUUAACACUCUAGAUUCUUUUAAAAAGCUGCUUUCCAGAAGCAAAACUAACAUAACCUAAUUUCUCUCUCUUUGUCCAUAAGAAAUGCCCACAUUCAUUAUGCCACUCUACUGGGAACAGACAGGCUGACUGGCUGGACAGCUGCUGCCAGGUGUAUCACUUAAUGGUGAACAUCUGUUGGCUUUUUUCCUGAGGGACAGCAUCUUAGAUUUGUGAAUCAGUUGCAGCAUUCAUUGUAAGAAAUGAACUGCUUUUUUAAGACACUGAAAUUGAGCAAUGAUUUAGAUGCUGUUAGAGUAAGCUAAUAUCAGCAGUUCUCUCUUGUACCACAUACAGACAGAAGAUUUAUAAACCAACAUGAAAAAUCCAACUAAACAGAUUGAGGCUUUCUCUCAGGUAAACUUACACUGAAAAUAUUCUUUCUAUACCUUAACUAUUACUUUUAUCAAUUCUCAGAAUAUUUACAUAUUUAUACCUCUUUUUCUAGUUACUAAGGCUGAAGGAAAUAUAUUCUUUUUCUUCUUCAUCCCUGUUCUGACAAUAUAGGUGGGAACACAUUCAUCAACCUGAAAGUACUCAGGAAUUCAUCUCAUAUAUCCCCUUGAGAGAAAAAAAAAAGCCUCUUGAUGCCCCAGCUCUUUCUGUUAGCAAAAUCUCUGUGCACAUUUGUUGGCUUCUCAAGAAAUGUAAAACAACUCUUAGGUGCAGAGUAACUUUAUUCUUACAGAGGAAAACCAUUCUGAAUUAGUUUUGUACAACAUAAUGCCUUGUUGGAGCCUUUCUGACUGGUCUUAAUUUCUGCUACCUUCUGGAUUCUGAAAACAAGGUAAACUGUUUUUUUUUGAGGGGGGUGAGGUUUUUUUUUUAGUUUAUCUAUCAAGGUGAAUUAUUUUCUCACUUUGCUGCAUCAUAACUGUUUGCUACCAAGAUAAAAAUAAGUUUGGGAAAAUUUGGAUUGCUGAUUACUGGUAGUAUUGCACAAAUACAUUUUGAUUGAAAAUUAAAAGUGAUAAAGUGUUCCAGUGA